AUGCUUACCACCAGGAGGCCAACUCAGACAACAGCCCUGUACACUGUCUCCAACCGCGCCACCGCGACAACACUCUCCGCGCAACUUAAAGUCAACCUUCACAUCCUGCUCCGGAUCAUAGCCGGUCUCCUGAUCCUCUGUAUCGUAGGAGUUGAAUACAUGACCCUCAUAACUCCAUCCUCACCCUGGCAUUCCAAGACUCUAAACACUCUCAUCCACGCCACCCCUGUUCUUGCCAGGACUGCCGGCACGUUGACGACACUUCUUUCAUGGUACUACCGCUGGAUCAUCAUUACGGGGACGACCUAUCUCAUCACUACGAAUCCAAUUCGUACCGAGUCACUUCUCGUCAUCCGCGGUCUGGGCGUGCAGACGUCAACGAGUUCACCCUCCUACCUCUGGACCAGCUCCGCAAGAUUCAUCCCUACGACUGCGAUCCAGGACAUCUUGAUCCAUGAAGCGUUCAAAGGGUUUGAGGUGAGGUUUUAUCUGGCAAUUGUGGUUGAGGGGGAGGAAGAAGUGGUGGUUGUGUUCCCGAACCUACUACCACGACGAGACGUUCUGGAGGAAGUUUGGAGAGGAACGCGGGCAUGUCUGUACGAACCCAAGACUUGA